GCCCCGCGCGCUGGCUCGUCGCCUCACAGCGAAGAUGGCGCACAGCGGUCGGUGGCGCUUCCCGGCCCGGCCCGGCAGCGGCGGCGGCGGGCGCCGCGGGCUCGGCGGCUGCCGCUUGCGGGUGCCGGCGCUGCGCAGCCUGCGCGCCGAGGCGCCUCACGAGCCGCUGCCCGCCGCCGCCGCCGCCGCCCCCCCCUCAGCAGCAGAGGCCGCGGCGGUGGCGGGAAGCAGUAGCGGCGGCGGCGGAGGGGGCGGGGCGGGCGGCUCCUCAUCGGCCUCGCCGCCCGCCCCGGCCUCUUCUUCUUCUUCCUCCUCCUCCUCCUCGUCGUCGUCGUCGUCGUCCUCGGCGGCGGCCGCCAGCGCGGGGGUGGCUCCCGGCUUCGACGCGGCGCUGCAGGUCUCGGCCGCCAUCGGCAUCAAUCUGCGCCGGUUCCGGGCGGCCUGUGGGGCUGAGGCGGGCAGCGGAGAGGAUGAGCAGUUCCUAGGCUUCGGUUCAGAUGAUGAGCCCAAAGGACAAAGUUCUGCCAAGCCUCCCACGGUCAAAGUUAGUGCACGCAAACCUCGUGGGAGACCCCGAAACACCUCAGACCGAAGCUCAGUCGUGCUCUCAGAGUCUUUGCCAGUGUAUUUGCCUUCAAGCAAACCAGAACCCACCACAGCCAUGGAAAAAAUGCAGAAGAAAGACUUGAAAAGUGGAGAAAAGCGGCGAGGAAGGCCUCCUGCACUUACCGGUGUGAAGUUCAAGAUCACCCACAAAGAUGGUAUUUCAGAUGCUCAGAAGGGAGGCAAAGAGGAAAAAGAGAAUCUAAAGAAAAUAAAGCGGGCACCGUCCACGACAUUUCAGCAUGCUGCGAAAAUCAAGAAAUUACGGGCAGGCAAACUGUCCCCACUGAAGUCUCAGUUCAAGCUUGGGAGAAACGGGGUUCAGAUCGUACGCAGGAGAGGAAGGCCGCCGUCUUCUGACCGCUUAAAGACUGUGCCGGCGCUCGUCGUGAGCUCCCAUUUGGAGAAAGCCCAGCGGGUGCGGAAGGAGAAAGAGGGAGCCCUACCGCUCCCCAAAGAGGAGAAGCUGGCCGUCAGGCAAAGCCCCCGCAGGCCGGUCAGGGUGAUUCCUCCCUCCAAGAGGACGGACGCCACCAUUGCCAAACAGCUCCUGCAAAGGGCCAAGAAGGGGGCCCAGAAGAAGAUUGAGAAGGAGGCCGCCAAGCUGCAGGGCCGGAAGGGGCGGACGCAGCUCAAGAACAUCCGGCAGUUCAUCAUGCCGGUGGUGAGCGCCAUCUCCUCUCGGAUCAUUAAAACUCCCAAGCGCUUCAUCGAGGACGAAGACUACGACCCGCCCAUCAAGAUCGCACGCCUGGAGUCCACGCCCAACAGCCGCUUCAGCGCUACCUCCUGUGAGUCCAGCGAGAAGUCCAGCGGCGCCUCUCAGCACUCCUCUCAGCUGUCUUCGGAUUCCUCGCGGUCCAGCAGUCCCAGCGUCGAUACGUCCACAGACUCCCAGGCCUCUGAAGAGAUGCAGGUGCUGUCGGAAGAAUGCAGCAAUGCUCCAGAAGUCCACUCCUCGUUGCCCGUCUCCCCAUCCCCUGAGAAUGAGAGUGGCGAGAGGAGGAGGAGGAGGAGGUUUUCGAUGGCAGAGAGGAAUUUCGUGCCCAAAGCAGCUAAAAAGCUGCCCGGCCUCCAAAGUGUGUCCCAGCAGCAAUCCUCCUCCUCCUCCUCUCCUCCCCCGCCGCUCCUCAGCCCACCCCCACCACUUCAGCCCGCCGCUGGCAUCUCCGACCACGCGCCCUGGCUGAUGCCUCCCACCAUUCCCUUGGCGUCGCCCUUUUUGCCCUCCUCAGCUGCUCCGAUGCAAGAGAAGCGGAAGUCGAUUCUCCGAGAGCCGACGUUCCGCUGGACCUCCCUGAAGCACUCUCGGUCCGAGCCCCAAUACUUUUCCUCAGCCAAGUAUGCCAAAGAAGGUCUCAUCCGCAAGCCCGUCUUUGACAACUUCCGGCCUCCACCGCUGACCCCUGAGGACGUUGGCUUCGCCUCUGGCUUUUCGGCUGCUGGGGCCGCAGCUCCAGCCCGCUUGUUUUCUCCUCUUCACUCUGGAACAAGAUUCGAUCUGCACAAGAGAAGCCCCUUGCUGCGGGCUCCCAGGUUCACCCCAAGCGAGGCCCACUCCCGCAUCUUUGAGUCUGUCACUCUGCCAACCUCCAUCAGUCGAAGUGCUGCUGGAGGCGGUGCAGGAGCAGCUUCUUUGAGAAGACGCAGGCGGAGAGUGUUCAGCCCAAUUCGAUCUGAACCCAGAUCGCCUUCACACUCCAUGAGGACCAGAAGUGGGAGACUGAGCACCUCCGACCUGUCCUCCCUCACUCCGUCAGCAUCGGUCUCUUCCUCCCUAGCAAGCAUUUCUGUGGGUUCCCUGACCACCAGUGCCUUAAACUCCGCCACAUUCACCUUUCCUUCCCAUUCCGUCUCCCAGCCUGGGGAACCAGCCGAGAAAAACCAGAGGCCAAGGAAGCAGGCAAGCAUUCCAGCCGAGCCCUUCUCCUCCAGUGGCCCCGCUCCCCUCUUUCCAUGGUUCACACCAAGUUCCCAGACAGAGAGGGGCAAGAGCAAAGACAAAGCCACCGAGGAGCCCACCAAAGAGAGUGACAAAGGUCUUGAGAGGGAGAAGAGCAGAGAAAGAGGCAGGGAGAGGGAGAAAGAGAACAAACGGGAGUCCAGGAAAGAGAAGAGGAAAAAGGAUCCCGAAAUCCAGAGCGGCUCGGCUAUGUUCCCGUUGGCUCGCGUUUCCAAGGGGAGAGUUGUCCAUGAGGAUGUGGCCGUUCCUUCUUCUGCCAAGAAAACGGCAGGGCGUAAGAAAGCGGCUGCGGCGGCGGCUGAUCCAGCAGCAGACCUGCCUCCAGUGGUUCUUGUGGACUCCGCAGCAGCCAUAAUCAAGACCAAGCUGCCCAAGAAAGGCCGAGCAGGGUUAGAAAAACCCAGCCUGGACCUUGGCCUGGCCCCCUCUCCUGUGGAAAAGGGAGACUCCCUACGUCUCCCUGCUGCUGCAGGCAGCAUCGUGAAGCAUUCCUCCAUCAGCUCAGUGUUGGCUCAUGCGGACAAACUUCCCAUGACUGACAAGAGGGUGGCCAGCCUCCUGAAGAAAGCGAAAGCCCAGCUGUACAAGAUUGAGAAGAGCAAGUCCCUCAAGCAAGCGGAUCAGCCAAAAGGACAGGGUCAAGAGAGCGAUUCCUCGGAGACCUCCGUGCGAGGGCCACGCAUCAAGCACGUCUGCAGGAGGGCAGCCGUGGCGCUGGGCCGCAAGAGAGCGGUCUUCCCAGAUGACAUGCCCACUCUGAGUGCCUUACCCUGGGAAGAGCGAGAGAAGAUACUGUCCUCCAUGGGGAAUGAUGACAAGUCCUCAGUUGCUGGUUCAGAAGAGGCUGAGCCCCUUGCGCCUCCCAUCAAGCCUAUUAAGCCAGUCACCAGAAACAAGGCCCCGCAGGAGCCUCCCGUGAAGAAAGGCCGGCGGUCGAGGCGCUGUGGGCAGUGCCCGGGCUGCCAAGUCCCAGAGGAUUGUGGAGUCUGCACAAAUUGCCUGGAUAAGCCAAAGUUUGGUGGGCGGAACAUUAAGAAACAGUGCUGCAAGAUGAGGAAGUGCCAGAACUUGCAGUGGAUGCCAUCAAAAGCCUAUCUCCAGAAGCAAGCCAAAGCUGUGAAAAAGAAAGAGAAGAAAUCCAAGUCCAGUGACAGGAAAGAGAGCCAGGCUGGGAAGAGCCAGGCGGAGCCUGGGCAGAAAGCUCCGGCUCCUCCGCUCGUCCCACCGAAAGAGGACCAGGCCUCUAAGAGGGGCAGUGAACCUGCCCGGAAACCCAGCGAGGAGGGGCCACAGCCGCCUCCCCCAGACCCCAAACAGGCCCCUCCACCGGCAGCUGCUCCUCGGAAAACUGGCAAGCAGGUGGCGGCACCCCCCCUGCAGGUGCCCCCCACCCCGCCGCCGAGCUCAGGCCCACCCAAAAAGGAAGCCCCCAAAACCAUCCCUGCUGAACCCAAGAAAAAGCCAGCUCCACCACCAGAACCAGGCAUAGAGCAAAGCAAACCGAAGAAAAUCGCUCCUCGCCCAAGCUUGCCAGUGAAACAGAAGCCAAAAGAAAAGGAAAAGCCCCCUCCAGUCAACAAGCCGGAGAACAGCACACUGAAUUUGCUGAGCACUUUAUCAAAUGUUAGCAGCUCCAAACAGAAGCCCCUAACAGAUGGGGUCCACAGGAUCCGAGUGGACUUUAAGGAGGACUGCGAGGCUGAGAACGUUUGGGAAAUGGGUGGUUUAGGUAUCCUGACUUCCAUCCCUAUAACUCCCAGAGUAGUCUGCUUCCUCUGUGCCAGCAGUGGGCAUGUGGAGUUUGUGUAUUGUCAGGUGUGCUGUGAGCCUUUCCACAAAUUCUGUUUAGAGGACGGUGAGCGCCCCCUGGAGGACCAGCUGGAAAACUGGUGCUGUCGUCGCUGCAAGUUCUGCCAUGUGUGUGGGAGGCAGCAUCAGGCCACCAAGCAGUUGCUGGAGUGUAACAAGUGCCGAAACAGCUAUCACCCAGAGUGCCUGGGGCCAAACUAUCCAACAAAGCCUACCAAGAAGAAGAAGGUUUGGAUCUGCACCAAAUGUGUUCGCUGCAAGAGCUGUGGGGCAACGACGCCAGGCAAAGGGUGGGAUGCCCAGUGGUCUCACGACUUCUCUCUGUGUCAUGACUGUGCCAAGCUCUUCGCUAAAGGGAACUUCUGCCCCCUCUGUGACAAGUGCUAUGAUGACGACGACUAUGAGAGCAAGAUGAUGCAGUGUGGGAAAUGUGACCGCUGGGUCCACUCCAAGUGCGAAAACCUCUCGGACGAGAUGUAUGAGAUCCUCUCCAACCUGCCCGAGAGUGUGGCUUACACCUGCAUUAACUGCACAGAACAGCAUCCAGCAGAAUGGCGGCUGGCCCUGGAGAAGGAGCUGCAGCUUUCUUUGAAGCAGGUUCUAACAGCCCUACUAAAUUCGAGGACGACCAGCCACUUGCUCCGGUAUCGACAGGCAGCCAAACCCCCUGACCUAAAUCCUGAGACAGAGGAGAGGGUACCAUCCCGAGGUUCUCCAGAAGGUCCCGACCCUCCUGUGCUAACAGAAGUCAGCAAGCAGGAAGAACCGCAGCCCCUGGACCUGGAAGGGAUGAAAAGGAAAAUGGAUCAAGGAGGCUACACCUCUGUGCUGGAGUUCAGUGAUGAUAUCGUAAAGAUCAUCCAAGCAGCCAUUAAUGCUGAUGGAGGACAGCCAGAACUUAAAAAGGCCAACAGCAUGGUGAAGUCCUUCUUUAUUCGGCAAAUGGAGCGGGUUUUCCCGUGGUUCAGUGUAAAGAAAUCAAGAUUUUGGGAACCAAAUAAAGUCACAACCAACAGUGGGAUGCUGCCAAAUGCUGUCCUGCCCCCGUCACUUGACCAUAACUACGCACAGUGGCAGGAGCGCGAAGAAAACAGUUGUGCUCCACAACCCCCUCUGAUGAAGAAAAUCAUUCCAGCUCCAAAAGCCAAAGGGCCUGGAGAGCCAGACUCCCCAACUCCGCCACAUCCUCCUACACCACCCAUAUCCAGUGCUGACAGGAGCCGGGAGGACAGCCCAGAACUUGCCCCCCCUCCAGAUGUGGAAGACAACCGGCAGUGUGCACUUUGUUUGAAGUAUGGCGAUGAUGGGGGGAAUGAUGCUGGCCGUCUCCUCUACAUCGGCCAGAAUGAGUGGACCCAUGUGAACUGUGCCCUGUGGUCAGCAGAAGUGUUUGAAGACGAUGACGGCUCCCUGAAGAACGUGCACGUGGCAGUGAUCCGAGGGAAGCAGCUGAGAUGUGAGUUUUGCCUGAAGUCGGGGGCCACCGUGGGCUGCUGCCUGACCUCCUGCACCAGCAACUACCACUUCAUGUGCUCCCGGGCCAAGCACUGCGUCUUCCUGGAGGACAAGAAAGUCUACUGCCAGCGCCACAGAGACCUGAUCAAAGGAGAGGUGGUGCCUGAGAACGGCUUUGAGGUCCUGAGAAGAGUCUUUGUGGAUUUUGAAGGGAUUAGUUUGAGGCGAAAGUUUCUGAAUGGUCUGGAACCGGAGAACAUCCACAUGAUGAUUGGCUCCAUGACUAUUGAUUGCCUGGGGAUCCUGAGUGACCUCUCUGACUGCGAAGACAAGCUCUUCCCCAUUGGCUACCAAUGCUCCCGGGUGUACUGGAGCACGACUGAUGCUCGGAAGCGCUGUGUGUACACUUGCAAGAUCAUGGAGUGCCGCCCUCCCAUUCUGGAGCCAGAGAUCAACAGCACCGUAGAACAUGGCGACAACCGGACGAUUGCGCACAGCCCAGGGCCGCUGUUAGCCGAAAUAGCAGCCAGAGAGGGCCAUGCAACAUCAAGAGCGGUGAGCCCUCCCUCUUCAGACCUUCCUCCGCAUUCUCAGAACUGCAAGGCUCUGCGGAUCAGAACGCCGAGUUUCCCCCUUGCCCAGCGAUCGCCCGGCUCAAGGCCGCUGCCCUCUGCAGGGAGUCCAACUCCUGUGACGCACGAGAUCGUGACCGUGGGAGACCCGCUGCUGCUGUCAUCUGGACUUCGGAGCCUCGGCUCCAGGAGGCACGCUACCUCUCCUCUUUCCCCCCCUCAGCAGCUGAGGUCCUGGGUGCUGCCGCCCGGCAGAGCUGGAGCCACAAACGCAAGGCACGGCACUUCCUCGGCAACCAGCCUGGGUCCCUCCCCACACCAUGACUCGACGGCAAAGCUUGCAGAGCGUUCCGUGGGCCCGGCAGCCUGGCACGCGACUGUCCAGGGUAGCUCUGCCCCUUCCAGCUGCCAGAGGCCAGCAGUGGCGAGUGGAGGCAAAGGGACGCCUCCCACGGAGGGAGCCGUGUCCUUCGAAACAGCGGCUCCGGCAGGGGCAGAAAAAGGCCCACUGACGAGCCCCCAGGACUCCGGCGCUUCCCCCGGGGACUCCAGAGCAGGCACCCAAGCGCAGGGCCUUGAGCCAGGCAGCAAAGUGGGGAAGUUGGCAGAGACCCCUCCGGGCCUCUUUCCUUCCAAAGAGCCAGCAGCAUUUCCACCGUUACAUCAGAGGCCCCCGAAGAAGGAGCAGGAGCAGCAGGUGGAUCUCGCGCAGCCGGAGAAGAGCUGCCCGUCGGAGGACCCGGAAGCCAAGCCCUCCUCCACACUUGCUGGAGCAAGUCCCUGGCCGCCUCUGCUGAGCGAUUCGGCACUUUCUGUAGGCAGAGAGAGGCGGCAGAAGGCAAAGAAAGGAGCAAAAGAGAGGCUUCCCAGCAAGCCCUUUGCGAGUUCGAACCUCCACCCCACUAGCAACAAAGACGGUGCGGAGCCGGAAUCCGUUCACCAAGCCGAGCAGGUGGCUCAGAGGCACGGUAACCACGUGGCUGCUGAGAAGGCUGCGGAAAGCAGCCUGUUGAGCCAGAGGGCAUCCAAAGCCCCUUCCCAGGGUGACCUGGCCCCUCCCAAGGAGCUGCAGGCUUCCCAAAAGCGCACGGUGAAAGUGACUCUCACCCCACUCAAGAUGGAAGGCGAGAGCCAGCCCAAGAGCGUUCCGAAAGAGAGCGCGGCGGAUUCCCAGGCCAAGGAGAGCAAGCCGGCUCCCCUGGCCCAGGCCUCCUCUUCUGCAGCAGCCACGGACCGGUCGGGGAACGGCUGUGCCGCCCAAGAGAGCCCGAGCUGUGCGGCAGCCCCGGAGCCCCCGAGGGACCCCUACCAGGGCCUCCCUGUUCAAGGCAGCAGCCUCAUGCUCCAGGAUGGCACGAAAACACAGGAGGACGGGGCCUACAAGCGGAGGUACCCCCGGCGCAGCGCCCGGGCCAGGUCCAACAUGUUCUUCGGGCUCACGCCCUUGUACGGCGUGAGGUCUUACGGCGAGGAGGACAUCCCCUUCUACAGCAACUCCACGGGCAAGAAGCGGGGCAAGCGGUCUGCUGAGGGGCAAGUGGAUGGGGCUGACGACCUGAGCACCUCGGAUGAGGACGACCUGUACUACUACAACUUCACCCGGACGGUGGUCUCGAGCACGGAGGAGCACCUCGCGCCUCACAGCUUAUUCCGGGAAGAGGAGCACCUCAGCCUUCCCAAAAUCUCUCAGCUCGAUGGCGUGGACGACGGAACAGAAAGCGAUACCAGCGUCACGGUGGCGACGAGGAAGGCCAACCCCGUCACCAAAAGGGGCGGCAAGGAAAAUGGGACGGAAAGCUUGAAACCGGAUCGGAGCGAAGGCGGCAGCGGGGAGAAAGCGCAGGUGACCAAGAGCUCCUCCGGCCACAAAGCAGCCGAGCCCAAGGUGGAGAACUGCCGGGUCAAGGCUCCGAGCCAGGACCCUUUGGAAGCGCAGCUGAGCUCCUUGGAGGCCUCGGCUGGCCGCCGCCCCACCCGGGCCAGCGCCGAGCCGUCAGAGAAGAACCUGCUUGACCCCUUCAGCACCGAGCUGCUCAAGUCCGACUCGGACAAUAACAACUCGGACGACUGUGGGAACAUCCUCCCUUCGGACAUCAUGGACUUUGUGCUGAAAAACACCCCUUCGAUGCAGGCCCUGGGAGAGAGCCCUGAAUCCUCGUCCUCCGAGCUCCUCACCCUGGGGGAAGGGCUGGGCCUCGACAGCAACCGCGGCAAGGACAUGGGCCUCUUCGAGGUGUUCUCCCAGCAGCUGCCCACCGCCGAGCCCGUCGACAGCAGCGUCUCCUCCUCCAUCUCGGCAGAGGAGCCGUUUGAGCUGCCCUUGGAGCUGCCUUCGGAUCUCUCCGUCUUAACAACUCGGAGUCCCACGGUGCCCGGCCAGAGCCAUGGCCGGCUCGCUGUCAUUCCAGAGUCCUCCCUCUCCGCCUCAGGGGAACGAUCCAUGUUAGCUUUGCCUUCCACGGAGUCUGCGGAGAAGAGGGUGACGGUCACAGAAAAGCCGGCCUCCAGCGAAGGGGAGCCAGCCUUGCUGAGCCCACGAGGGGACCCGAGCCCGGACGGGCCCCUGACCCCCGACCCCUUCAUUCAAGGCCACUUGGAAGCAGAGCACAUCACCAGUCCUGCCUGCGGGCCAGGAGAGCCGGGCCACAGGGCCGGCCAGGAGUUGGCCAGGAAUAGUGGGACGCCAGGGCUCCAGGUCCCAGUGUCUCCCACCCUGCCGCUCCAGACUGCCAAGUACAGCGGACCCAACGCUGCCGCCAGCCCCGGCCCGUCUCAGAUCUCCAAUGCAGCUGUGCAGACCGCGCCCCUCCACCUCAAGGCCACGGCGGAAAAGCUGCUGGUGGUGAACCAGAACAUGCAGCCCCUGUACGUCCUUCAGACUCUCCCCAACGGGGUCACGCAGAAGAUCCAGCUGACCUCCUCCGUCAGCUCCGCCCAGGGCAUGUUGGAGGCCGGCGCCUCUGUGCUCGGGCCGAUGGGCGCAGCGGGGCUGGCACUGGCGGCAGGCCUGGCUCCUGGCUUGCCCUCCUCCACCCAGCCUCUCUUCCCGCCCACCAGCAAAGGGCUGCUGCCGAUGCCCCAUCACCAGCACUUACAUUCCUUCUCCGCCACACCCCAGGGCGGCUUCCCACCCGCUCUCGGCAGUCCAGCCUCAGGCCUCCUGAUUGGUGUCCAGCAACCCCCUGACCCCGAAGCCAACCAGCGAGCCGACGUCGGUUCCACUGCUGCCCCCCCGCCCCCGGGCCUCAGCAAGAAGCGGCCAAUUGCGCGCCUGCAGUCCCGCAAGAACAAGAAGCUGGCCCCGUCCGCCAUCGCCCCGUCCGACAUGGCCCCCAACAUGACACUCAUUAACUUUGCACAGUCCCAACACCCCGCCGGCCACCCGGGCCUGCUCGACCUGGGAGCCGUUGGCAGCACUGCCUCCCCCAGGACCGUCCCCAACAUCAUCAAGCGGUCCAAGACCGGGGUGAUGUACUUUGAGCAGGCAGCCCUCUUGCCCCAGGGCGGGGGAGCGUCCACAGCCGCCGGAACCCCUGCAGCAGCGGCUGGGCCGGAGGCCGGGCACCUUGCGCCGGGGCCGAGCCGAGCCUCUGCCCCUUCUGUGCUGAACGUGGUCUCCAUGCCCACGCCGUCCGUGCCCGCCACGGGCACCUCCAUCCCCGGGCAGCACAUGCUGGCGCGGGGCUCCGUGGCGCUCGCUGGCGCGGGGCUGCCAGGGUCCUCUGAAGUGGGCUCUCUCAGCAGCCUCUUAAUCAGAUCCUCCCAGCAGAGCCUGGCCCUGCCAGAGCAGCCGGCUGCAGGGCCGUCCUCCGGCUCUGGGAUGUUUCCACCCCUGGGCGAUGCCACCUCGUCGGCUCAGCCUGCCUCCUCCAUGACGGCUGCAGCAUCCAGCCUUUGCGUCCCGCCCUCUCCGCAGUCCAUGAGCCUGAGCACUGAGCCGGAAGACUCUUACCAGCCUGGCCCUCUGACGCAGAUCCUGGCCGGCAAAAGUGGGACUGCCCUGCCUCAGGCGGCUGACCUCCCUGCCUCCCGAGCCCCUUCCCUCUCGAGCUUUCCCCAGUUGGUGGACAAAGCCCCCUGCUCGGCCACCCAGGCCCCCUCGGCCGCUCCCGGGAGCCCACCGUCUGCUGAGCAGCUGCCUGGGAGCGCCGUGAAGACCAAAGGCAAAGCCAAACGGCUUCAGGCCUCAUUGGAGAGCAGAGGGCCUGGGAAGCGGCACAAGACGGCCCCCUUCUGGACCAGCUCCCCUGAGAAGCACGUUCCCCAGCGAGGAGGCGCCAGUGGGUCCCCCCAGGACUUGGGCGGAGGGACCCCUGCCUGGAAGAUGCACGUGGAGGAGGCCACAAGUGUAGAGCCACCGCCUCCCAAGGCACCAGGACAGGCACCAUCACUCCCAGAAUCGCAGCCAACGCCACACCCAAGUGAGCAAGAGCACGCAGACUCCGGGGCUCCUGAGAACGAGGAGGGCACUUUCAGCUCCCCACUCAUGUUCUGGUUGCAGCAGGAGCGGAAGCGGAAGCAGAGCCUGGCUGAGAGGAGAGCCAAGAAAGGGCUGCUCUUCGAGAUCUCCAGCGACGAUGGCUUUCAGAUCUGUGCAGAAAGCAUCGAAGAGGCCUGGAAAUCCCUGACUGACAAAGUUCAAGAGGCUCGUUCCAAUGCCCGCCUGAAGCAGCUCUCCUUCACAGGUGUGAGCGGGCUGCGGAUGCUGGGCCUCCUGCACGACGCCGUCGUCUUCCUCGUCGAGCAGCUCUGCGGAGCGAAGCACUGCCGCAACUACAAGUUCCGGUUCCACAAGCCCGAGGAGGCAAAGGAGCCCCCGGUGAACCCCCACGGCUCUGCCCGGGCCGACGUGCACCUCAGGAAGUCGGCCUUCGACAUGUUCAACUUCCUGGCCUCCAAGCAUCGGCAGCCGCCAGAGUACAAGCCCAACGAGGAGGAAGAGGAGGAGGUGCAGCUGAAGUCUGCCCGGAGGGCCACCAGCAUGGACCUGCCGAUGCCAAUGCGCUUCCGGCACCUGAAGAAGACCUCCAAGGAGGCGGUUGGGGUCUACAGGUCCCCCAUCCACGGCCGGGGCCUGUUCUGCAGAAGGAACAUCGAUGCAGGAGAGAUGGUGAUCGAAUAUGCCGGCAACGUGAUCCGCUCCAUCCUAACUGACAAGCGCGAGAAGUACUACGACGGCAAGGGCAUCGGAUGCUACAUGUUCCGCAUCGAUGACUCGGAGGUGGUGGAUGCCACCAUGCACGGGAACGCGGCCCGAUUCAUCAACCACUCAUGCGAGCCCAACUGCUACUCCCGAGUCAUCAACAUUGACGGGCAGAAGCACAUCGUCAUCUUCGCCAUGCGCAAGAUCUACCGUGGCGAGGAGCUCACCUACGACUACAAGUUCCCCAUUGAAGAUGCCAGCAACAAGCUGCCCUGCAACUGUGGUGCCAAGAAAUGCCGCCGGUUUCUCAACUGAACGGCCCGGCGUGGUCGGGGCCCUUCGCCUUGAAGCUCGUGCACGCAGCCAGCGGCCAGGGAGCGCCCUCCGAGGCGAGCGGUCGGGCCGAGCAGUUUGCUCAGGCUGGCUGCUCCCCUGGCACCUUGACUCUCACCCAGAAGGGGGGCUGUGCUGUAUUGUGUCAUAAGGAGACAGGGGGAGGGGGGGGUCAGGCUGCAGCAAGCAAGGGCUGCCCUGAGAGGUGGGGGUGUCCUUUCCAGCCUGCCCUCCCCUCGGGCUCAGACCAAGUGCGGUGGGCCGGUCUCGCUGGCCGGUCUCUGACUUGGGAUUCCCGUGCCAGCUAUAGAGGCGUCCCUCCAGUGCGGAGAAGCCCCCAGCCCUCCAGGAGGGCUUCCUGGCAGAGGGAGCUGCCUGUCCCACCAGGGGGCCCUCCCUGCUCCUGUAUCCACGCUCCGGCUGAAAGUCCGGAGGCACCCAAAUAGGAAGCGGACCCCUUCCCAGGCAGCAGGCCCAGGGCCUCGUGCAGGCAGCUUCUGCAGCAGUUGAGAGAGGUUCCUUUUCUCACACUUACCCACAAAUUAGGAAAAGACAGCCCUCGUGUGUGGGGCGGGGGGGGGCAGCACUCCUACUGAGCUGCAGUCUGUGGAUCUACUGGGUCCGAGAAGAUUAGGAAAACUGGAUUCCUCAGCCCCCAGCCCAAAGUUGUAUCUUGUGCCCGUUCGAAAGCUGGUCCAAGCAGCCAACCCUCCCUCCCUCCCAGCCUCUUCAGUUGCACCCUCUUGAAUUACGUCAUUGGAUUUUACUUGGUUCUGUUUACAGUUUAGUAUUUAAGGUUUUGUAAAUGUAAAUAUAUUUUGUAUAUUUUUCUAUGAGAAGCACUUCAGAGGGAAGAGCACUUAAGAGACUAUUUUUUCAAUCGUGGCGUCACCCUAGCUUAAAGGAAUCCGUUUCCUAGGAUGGGCUUUAGGAGGCUGCCGGCUGGGCCUGCACUCUGAUCCUCCCCCUUGAGGUACGGGGGUGGGGGGUGGGGUGGCAUUAGGGGCUUUGCUGUUUCCUGGAAGCUGCUUUGGCUGGGAUUCCUCGGAUUCUGCCCACUCCCGGGGAGAUCCGUGGAAACCGCGUGCCGGUGCCCCCUGACAUCGAGACCUUGGUCACUCCUUACAUGCGAGAGAUUCCCCUCCCUCCCUCCCUCCCUCCCUCUUCCAGGGCCAGAGGGGGGUAAACAUCCCACUUCCCACCCUGUCACCCCUCAGUAGCUCAGUGUUCCUGGCCUGCUCUGCCUCAUGCCGGAAUCCCCUUGGCUCUGGCCUGCCUGGGGAGCCUCUGGAAAGCAGCAGGGGAUGCAGGCCUGUCUGGAGGGCCGCUUGCUUGCUGCUGCUGCUGCUGCUGCUGCUGCUGCUGCUGCUGCUGCUGCUGCACCAGGUUUCCUCCAGGCCACCAGGCACAUUCCCUGCAGAGUCCUCGUGAGCCCCCCUGGCUCUGGCCUGGCGAGGUUGGGCUGGCAUUACUAGGCCUCCCUCCCUCCUCUGCCCCAAGCAGGAUGUGGGCUUUGGGGAGCUGCCUUUGAUAAAGGUGGUGGAACACGUGCAGCAGCCGCCAGCCAGCCAGCCAAGGAGGUCCAGGACAUGUGUCCCUUGCUGCUACCAAAGCUCCGUGCCAGCUGCCUGGUCAGAAGAGAAUCCGUCCCGUGUCCUCCCCCCACCCCGCACUCCUUCCUGAAGGAAGCUCUCAGCAGGGGCCUGAAUGGAGGAGCACAGCACAGCUCAGGGUGAAGCCGGGUGAGGGCUGGAGCUCACAGACGUUUGCUGCUGCUGCUGCUGCUGCUGCUGCUGCUACCCCAUUCCUGGCUGCUCACCCGUUCCUGCUGCCACGGCUGCUCUGGCCAGUCAAACUGUCCGUAAGCCAAGGGAAGCCCCGAGUGCCGCCCGCCCCUGGGCUCCUCCCCAAGGGACUUGGGAAGGAGUCAACGGGCAGCUCCGAGCCGCUUGCUGGCAAUAUGAAUGUAUCUUUCUAAGAACUGACGGAGAUCGUGAUCCCUGAGAAUACUAAGAGUCAAACCUUUAAGGUGUUUUAUUUUUUUAAAGGAAAAGCGGGUCACUGCAAAGGGCUGGGCUGUCACCUUCUCUUCAUUUUUCUCCAUUGCGAAGCAAUACUUUGUGCAGAAUCAUGUCGAUCCCAUCCAGAGUGCUGGUCCCUCCCGCACCCCACUCCCCCUGCAAGUUUUUAGAACUAUAACUAUGGUAUAUAUAGGAACUAAUAUCGUACUGCACCGUGUCUUGAAGCCUGCCUUUGAAUCCUCCUGAAGACGUUAGAUACCAGUUGCUCUGAUGGCAGGAGAAGCAGCAGCAACCCAGGGCUUUGGGGGGGGGGGGAAUUGGCCCCUCCUGCCUCCCCCAAGUGGGGGGGGCAGGAGAGACGCAGGGGGCGGGUGCUGUGCCUGAGCCUGCCUGCCUGCCUGCCCCCUGCAUGCACACCCCCAGGAAGCGAGGGGAGCGGGCUGGGCUGCACAUUCUCCUGGCCUUCAGUGCUAGCAGCCCAGCCUUGUACAACUGGUUCCUCGCUGCCGCCUCUCCGUCCUCUUGGGCUUCAAGUGGCGGCGGCUGCCGCCGCCAGCUGUGUCAUGUGUGCUUUCCUGAUAUCUCCCCAAGCUCCUGCAGCUUCGCCUCUCCGCCGAGAACCGUGCUUGUGCCGUUCCUUUGGUUCCGCGUAGCCGUCCGUCCUCAAUAGCAACAGGUAGUGAAUAAUUGUCUCAAGCCGUGCAAAAGCUACGCAAACCGGCUUCUGUUCCAGACAAAAAGCAACGUAUCAUGUAAAACCAAUUUCUCUCCUUUUUCUUCUCUCUACUUGUGUUCUUCCAAAUGAUUUGGGUUUGUUUUGUUCUUGUUUUUCUUUAAAAAGAGGAAAUGUGUCUCGUGCUGCAUCAGUGUUAAUUCCCUGUCGUCACAGGGAUGAAGGAAAGUACUUUCAAUAGUUCCAGAAAUGACUGAAAGACUGAAUGUAAAAAUAAGUGUAUAUAGUUGUACAAAAAAAGGAGUUUUUAAACAUGUUUAUUUUCUAUGCACUUUUUUAUUUAAGUGAUAGUUUAAUUAAUAAACAUGUCAAGUUUA